AUGACAGAAAGACCUGCCCACAAACGCUCCAAGAGCGCCAGAGUCCUCAACCUCCUGCGCAGCGACAACCUUCCUCGAGAAACCAGUUCAGAUACCGAGUCGCCUGUGACCACCUCCACCUCCACCACUGGACCUUUCUCCUCGACGUCCCCCUUGACUCCGGUCGAUGGUCCGCGAUUGAGUCCUUUGUCUCCGGUUACCACCAGAAACUCUCAGCUGGCCAUGGAGUCGAACGAAUAUUCUAGGGAACCAGACUCGGCCCAGCACACGCACCCCGUCCCGUCAGGCAUCUCGUCCGGCCAGGGAGCCUCGAUCGAGGACUCUGUCCGCACCUUUCGAGUCUUUGAAGUUCUCCGAGGCAAGGACACUGCCGCAAUCUCCAAAGCCAUCAGCGAAUCCAUACCCUGUUCUUCAAAUCCUCAACCCAUUCCGGGCACGACAAUACUCCACCUGGCCAUCCAGUGCGCAGAACCUCAGGUGGUUGAACAGGUUUUAAAAGAAGGCAAAGGCCUCGACAUCAACGCACAGGACAAAGAAGGAAAUACCGCUUUGCACUUGGCCGCUCAGCUCGGCCGGGCGCCUGUAGUCCGAGACCUGCUGGAGGUAUCCAACAUAAAUGAUGCCAUACCGAACAGGCAAGGAAAACUACCCAUUGACCUCGCGCGAACUCCAGAGAUCUUCCAACAGCUCCAGUUAGCGCGUUCAAUUUUCCUGGAUGACAAGAUUAAGGAAAUACAUGCCGCGUUGGUCCAAGGCGACUACAAGAAGUUCGAAUCCAUCUUAACAGAGCCUCGAGUCGAGGGCACUCUCGACGUGAAUGCGUUGGAGUUGCCAACUGAGCCCGCAACAGUUCAGAGCGGCGGAACGCUCCUGCACGAGGCUGCACGCAAGAAGGACAUCCAGUUGGCGCAAAUCUUACUAUUGCACGGAGCAGAUCCUUUUCGUCGGGAUCGUAAAGGGAGGCUCCCGCAGCAUGUAACCCAAGAUGAUCGUACAAAGGCAAUCUUGAAGAAGUCGCCCGCAGCCGCCGCUGCUCAGCGAGGAAUACAGGAAAAGGCAAUCCUGGGAAACAAUCCGUCGCAAGUUAGGUCCGGAACUGGACCUGUUGAUGCAAGUAAGGAUGCUCGAGAGAUGAAGGGGUAUCUCAAGAAAUGGACAAAUUAUACGAGUGGGUAUAAACUACGGUGGUUUGUUCUCGAAGAAGGAGUUCUCAGCUAUUACAAGCAUCAAGAUGACGCUGGCUCGGCCUGUCGAGGAGCUAUCAACAUGCGCAUCGCAAAACUCCACAUGGAUCCGCAAGACAAGACGAGGUUCGAGAUUCACGGCAAGUCCUCGGUCAAGUACCACUUGAAGGCCAACCAUGUCGUAGAGGCCAAACGAUGGUUUUGGGCCCUCAACAAUGCCAUCCAGUUCACAAAGGAUGAAGCAAAGGAAGAGGAGAAACGGCGCACCCUUGACAGCGAAAGCUUUCGACACGCCCGCACCGAUACAUCAGAAACUCUCAGCGCGACGACAAGCAGAUCGAAACUACCUGCCCAGCCGCUGGGAGUGGCAGGAAGCUCUUCCAAGGUAAGUUUCCGUUCCGAUGUGGAAGGUGGAUCAGGGUACGACUCGUACGACGCGAGCCUUCAAGGCGAAGACCUUCAGAGAGUGCCUACCAAUGUUGGGGCCAAUAUCGAGGCAGAAGAAGAUGCCGACGGCGAUGACGCCAGCAGUCAUGAAGUACACCAGCCGGGAAGUAAAGACGCGUUCAACAUCACCGCACAAUCCGCCAAGUUGCAACUAGAUCUUCUGGCACGAGUCUCCGAUGCGUUGAUCGCCAGGCAGUCAUCUCAGGCGGACACCACUCUAUCCGAUCCAGAUGUCGCACAGGCUCUCCUUACCUAUCAAACAGCCGUGAACAGCCUGAAUGGCUUGGUUGCAGAUCUGCUAAAGAUUGCUCGAGACCGUGAUGCUUAUUGGCAAUAUCGGCUAGACCGAGACGCCGAUGCUCGGAGGAUGUGGGAAGAAAGCAUGGCCAAGAUUGCUUAUGAGCACGAAGAUCUUAAGAGGUCAAUCGCCGAGUCAGAGGACAAGCGCAAGCGUACGAAGCGGGCCUUGAAGGAGGCUCUCGAGGGACAAUCGGUGCCCGCCAGCCGUCCGGGCUCAAUGGUCCAACAAGAAUCGCCAGACCACGUCCAAUUUGCAGAAGCGGUUGAGAAUCAACUGGAUCUCCGAGUAGAGGCUCAAAUCUCAACAAGAUCACGCCGGAAAUCCGUCACCAGAGAUGGCAACAGACGAAAAUCAAUCAUUGCGCAAUUAACAAAUCUCUCCGACUCCGAAUCUGGAGAUGAUGAAGAAUUCUUCGACGCCAUUGGCGAAGGCAAAGUUGAGGUGGUCGAACCACCUCUUCUCAGUCCUCCGCGAGUGCAUGUCCCAUCAUCCUUGGAGGAAGAACAAGAACCCUUCGUCGAUGAAAGAGCCAGAAAACAAAUGGCAAUUGAGCCCUCUUACGCUGGCUAUGAGGAAGGAGUUCGCGAGCGAUUAAAACUUGACGCCGACAAUCGUCCGAAGAUUUCACUCUGGGGCAUUCUUAAGUCUAUGAUAGGCAAAGAUAUGACCAAGAUGACCCUGCCGGUAUCUUUCAACGAGCCAACCUCCCUUCUCCAGCGUGUUGCUGAAGACAUGGAAUAUGCGGAUCUCCUCGACAUUGCAGCAGAUCGCCCCGAUGCUACCGAGCGUCUUGUGUACGUAGCUGCGUUUGCAGCAUCGGAAUACGCCAGCACAAUCGGACGCGUUGCAAAGCCAUUCAACCCUCUCCUGGGUGAGACAUAUGAGUACGUCCGUCCCGACAAAGGCUAUCGAUUCUUCAUUGAGCAAGUUAGCCAUCAUCCUCCCAUUGGCGCUGCGUAUGCGGAAUCUGCACGGUGGGACUAUUGGGGUGAGUCGGCUGUCAAGUCAAAGUUUUACGGCAAAUCAUUCGACAUCAACCCACUGGGAACAUGGUUCUUGCGCCUCCGCCCUUCAGAUGGAAGUCAACCAGAGCUGUAUACGUGGAAGAAGGUUACAAGUUCCGUCGUGGGCAUCAUUACUGGCAACCCCACAGUGGACAAUUAUGGCACCAUGGAGAUCAAGAACUGGACAACGGGCGAAGUCUGUAUCCUUGACUUCAAACAACGCGGAUGGAAGGCCAGUUCCGCGUACCAAGUCUUUGGUAAGGUCAUGGGUGUCGAUGGUGUCACAAAAUGGAGUAUUGGUGGCAGGUGGAACGACAAGAUCUACGCUCGAGUUACAGAGGGGUUCGAGGACGAAGCAGUAGGAGAAGGUCGCCUCCACACCGGCGUGGGAAGAGGAACCCAAUCCGACAGACAGCAGGCCUUCCUCGUCUGGGAAGCACAUAAACGUCCGCAGGGAAUCCCUUUCAACCUCACACCGUUUGUCGUAACUCUGAACGCUGUCAGCGACUCACUCCGACCGCACCUCCCUCCUACCGACACCCGCCUACGUCCAGAUCAACGUGCCAUGGAAGACGGAGAGUACGACUUUGCUGCGACGGAGAAGAAUCGUGUCGAGGAGAAACAGCGUGCCGCGCGCCGUCAACGUGAGUCUGCGGGUGAAGAAUGGAAACCCAAAUGGUUUGAGAAAAAGGUCGACCCCACCACUGGGGAAACUUAUUGGGAGCACAACGGAUUGUACUGGAAGAAGAGAGCAGAGGGGGAUUGGUCAGUGUGUGAUGAUAUUUUUUAG